AUGCAAUGAGCACAGAUAAGAAGUUCUUCUGGUACAACGGAAUUCUUGGUUGAUUUAAGGGUAUUCAUAUUUUGUCAGUUUUGGUGACAAGUCGCAUUUGAAGAGUUCUUAGUGGUGAAAAGUACUCAGUGCCAAACAAUACUGAAUAAUAUCGAAAAUCCAACAAAAUAGGCAGUAAAAUGUUCGAAAUCCUGAAAUCAGAUACCAUGGGUCGUUAUCUAACUGCCGUCAAGUUAAUAAAGCCUGGUGAAUUGAUAAUCAACGAAAUGCCUUUAGUAAUUGGACCUCCAAUGCAUAAUAGUCCAUUUUGUUUAGGAUGCAACCAGAAAGUUGAUUUUUCUAGCGAACAAUACAGAUGCCCUGGUUGUCGAUGGCCUCUCUGUGGUCCAGAUUGUAAAGGAAUUAACAACGAAAUAGGUCACAGCAAACAAGAAUGCAGCAUCCUCACCGAGAGGAAUAUAAUCAACUCAAUUGAAAAAUCUCACGGCAACAGGCUGAAAGCCAUUCACGAAGUCAUUUUCCACUUGCGCUGCCUCUACCUCAAACAUAGCCACAAGGACAAGUGGGAAAAGCUUCAAGCAUUGGAAGCCCACAAUGAUCUCCGCAAGGACAUUCCUAUGCUCUGGUACCGAAACCAAUUCCGCAUUGUCAAUCAAAUCAGAGAGGAUUGGAAUAUAACGGACUUUAGUGAAGAAGAGAUUCAUACAGUGUGCGGUAUCAUAAAGGUGAAUUGUUUUGGAGUAGGACGAGAGGGCAUCAGAGGGAGAUCCUUAUAUCCAACGACAUCAUUGUUGGCACACGAUUGCUCUCCGAAUGCACGGAUAAUUCUUGAUUCAAAUGAUUAUUCAGUGUCGGUGAGUGCAAGUCGGGAUAUAAAAGAAGGUGAAAUAAUAACAAUUAGCUACGUGGAUAUAUUUAUGAGUACAUUACAAAGACGUGAUGAGUUGAAAAACGCGAAAUUUUUCUGGUGUUCUUGCCAAAGAUGUUCAGAUCCCACUGAAUUUGACACAUUUUGCAAUGCUCUUCGGUGUCCAAAAUGUUCAAAAAGUUCGGUGCUUCCAACUGAUCCACUUGACCAGAAAGCUCCAUGGAGGUGCACUAACUGUAGCCACAUCAUGGAUGCCGAUGUAGUUGCAGCCAUAUUAGUCCUGUUGCCAGAAGAGUUAGGAACAUUUGAUAUCAACGAUGUCGCGAGUCAUAAAAAGUUCAUAGAAAGAUAUAGCAAGAUUUUAGGUGACAACCACUACUUCCUCCUAUCUGCCAAGUAUGCAAUCUGUCAAGCAAAAUGUUCAAAUAGCACGCCCACUAGUUUCUUGGAAAAUAAAGAGAAAUAUUGUCGAGAAAUUUUGAAGGUAAUGGAACUCCUUGUGCCGGGUCAAAGUAGAGUAAAAGGUAUAAUCAUGUUUGAGUUGUACUUCACGCUAAUGCUGCUGUCUGCGAAAAAAAUGCAAACGGAUCAGAUUACCAAAAAGGAAUUCCGAAACACCAUGCGAAACGCUAUUGGCCUUCUAGAAGAAAGUGAAGAGAUCCUGCGAUGGGAACCUGAAGGAACGGCUAGUCGGAAGAAGGCCGAAGAGGCCAAAGCGAUUCUGCUUCAAUUGAAAUGUGAUAGGCCUUAAUUGUGUUGUGUUUUUCGGCUGUGACUGUGUAAUUU